UCCCCAUUUAGUCGCUUAUAUAGACCAAAACCUCUAUAUAGUGAACUUGUCGCCUAUAUCGGGGUUUACUAUAUAGAGGUUUUUAAAGACAUGUCAGAAACUCGAUUAGUUAUAUGGCUAGCUUGUGGCAGUUCUUUAUUAGCCGUUUUAGCUACUAUUCUUGGCAUUUCGCACAUUUAUUCCGACUUCUCUCAUCUUACACUGCGCAUUCGUGGAGGAGUACAGGCCUUUCGUGUGGACACAGAUUCUGCAUGGAUUGACUUGAUGGAUCUUCAAAUGGCAGUAACACCACUCUCUAAACCUCGAGAAAAUCCUUUUCAAUCCAUCUUCCGUCCAAAACGAAAAGUUGGCUCACAUUGUGGAUGUAAAGCUCGAAAUUCAAACUGCCCUCCAGGCCCUCCCGGUCCGCCUGGAACGCCAGGAUUUCCUGGUCAACCAGGCCAAGCCGGACAAAAUGGUCAACCCGGAAUGCCAGGACAGCCAGGCCCAUCUUGUCCUGUGCCCAAUUAUGACUGUCAACGUUGUCCCGCAGGAGCUCCAGGAAAGCAAGGACCGCCAGGCCUCCCUGGACCCCCUGGAAGGGGCGGAGCGCCUGGAAUGCCUGGAAAAUCAAGCGGUGUAGGACCAAUAGGUCCUCCAGGCCCUCCAGGACCGCCUGGACCUAAAGGCGAUUGUGGUGGAAACGGGCAGCCUGGCCAGCCUGGCAAAGACGCUAGCUUAAAUCCUGUUUUGCCUGGGCCAAAAGGCGUGUCUGGAUCGCCUGGUCAAGUUGGCCCGCCAGGACCGCCUGGAGCGCAUGGAAAGCCGGGUCUACCAGGCCCAAUAGGCCCUCCAGGACCGCAUGGUCCCCCGGGGAAACCGGGGGCUUGUGGAGAGGAUGGAGAAGAUGGAUUGCCCGGCCAGCCUGGACAAGAUGCUCAGUAUUGUCCCUGUCCUGAACGCUCAGCUAUGGCCAAAGCAGCAAAAGGAGCAUAA